AUGGCACCUGAAAGUCGCGUUGCCGUCAUUGGUCUUUCCUACCGUGCUCCUGGGGUCCAUGGGAAAAGCCUUUGGGAAUACCUGUCUCAAGCAAGGUCAGCUUGGACUAGUGUUCCAGCUGAUCGCUAUGAUCAAUCUGCCUAUUACCAGGCUGGUGGUCAGAAAUCAGGCGUGGUCGGUACCAAAGGAGCACAUUUCAUCGACAGCCCCUUUGGUUUCGAUGCUGCCUUCUUCAACAUGAGGGCCGACGAAGCCAAGCAUGCGGAUCCACAGCAUCGUCUAAUGCUCGAGGUAGCAUUGGAAGCAGCCGAGGAUGCAGGCAAGACCUUUGUCGAUCUCGCCGGCAAAAAGAUAGGUGUGUUUGUUGGCUCGGGGCAGCACGAGUAUGCUCAGCGCCUAGGCGAUGACGAGCAUGCCAUACAGACAUUCUCAGGAACGGGGGCCGCUCCAUGUAUGGCCGCUAAUCGUGUCUCGUACUUCUUCGACAUUGAUGGUCCAAGUGUUGUCGCAGAUGCUGCGUGCGCUAGUAGUGUCUACGCGGCAGACAUGGCUGUCAGAGCCUUACGAAACGGCGAGUGCGAUGGAGCCUUCGUUGGCUCAGCAUCACUGAAUCUGAGUCCAGCUGGCUGGUUGGUGCUAGAGAAGACUGGAAGCUACUCGUAUGAUACCAAAGCAUCAGGCUUUGGCCGUGGUGAGGGUGCCGCAUGUCUAUUACUGAAGCGUUACGACGAUGCCAUCCGUGAUGGUGAUCCGAUUCAGGCACUGAUUCUUAGUACCGCAUGCAAUCACAGCGGCAGAUCGGAUGGAAUUACGAUGCCAAACGGAUUGGCUCAACAGAAAUUGCUCUGGGCCGUGCAUAACGCGGCUGGUGUAGAUCCUUCCGAUACACCUGUUGUCGAGGGUCACGGAACGGGAACAGCAGUCGGUGAUCCAAUUGAAGCUGGAGCAUUCACCGCCGUGCUCGCCAGAAAUCGCACGGCGAGCAAUCCUAUCUAUCUAGGAUCUCUAAAGUCAAAUUUUGGACAUCUGGAAGGGGCAAGUGGUGUACUCGCCAUGGUCAAAGCAAUCAUGAUGCUCAAGAAAGGCAUGGUACUACCAACCGCCGGUUUUGAGAAAAUCAAUCCGAAGAUCGAAGGUCACGAGAAGAUCAAGAUCCCAGAAAUGCCAAUUCCAUGGCCAGAGAACGAGAAAAGACGGUGUAUUGUGACCAACUUCGGGUUUGGUGGCAGCAACUCUGCAAUCCUGAUGGAGGCUGCACCUUCCAAGGCUGUAUCGAAUGGUCGCACUAUCAAUGGGGCCGACGGUACGAAUAGCCAUGCCACACAAGAGCCCAACGGUAUGAAUGGCCAUGUCACAAAUGAAGCUAACGGUACAAAUGGGCAUGCCAUCAAGGAAUUUAACGGGACAAAUGGUCUUAUGGAAAACGGCAAUGGCAUCGCUAAGCAGACUCAACGGCUCUAUGUCUUUUCAGCUAAGACUCAGAAGAGCCUUACAUCGUACCUGAUUACUUUCGAUGAAUACUUGGACACAGUAUCAGAAUCAAGUGAAUUUGCGACAAACCUAAGUUAUACGCUCGGACAGCGCCGUAAUCAUCACCCGUAUCGAGUUGCCGCUGUUGCUGAUUCCAUGGAGAGCCUACAAGAGAGAUUGUCGGUAUUGAAGCCAACAAGAACAAAGGAGCGGGCAGUUCUCUUCGUGUUCACUGGACAAGGCGCUCAGUAUGCUGGAAUGUCUUCCGGAUUGGGACACUUCGAAAUCUUCGACAAGACACUGAAAGCGGCUGAACUGCAACUCCAAAAAAUGGGAGCGACCUGGUCCCUGAUUGAAGAGCUUCGGAAGAUACCGUCUGAAUCACGAGUCGAUGAUGCAGAAAUCAGUCAGCCUGCCUGUACCGUGGUACAGUUGGCUUUGGUCGCACUAUUGAAGGACUGGGGAAUCACUCCAGCUGCAGUCACCGGACACUCUAGCGGUGAGAUUGCGGCGGCAUAUGCUGCCGGCCUGAUCACUUUUCAACAAGCUAUUGCUGUGUCAUAUUUCCGCGGUCAAGCAGCCGCUCAACUGGCCACAAAGCAGCAGCCAGGAGAGAAAGGGGCCAUGCUAGCUCUUGGUGUGAGCUUUGAGGAGGCCUCAAGGCUGAUAGAGGAGCAUGCUGAAGCGUAUGCCACAGUUGCUGCUGUCAACAGCUCAAACUCCGUCACAAUUUCAGGAGACCAGUCUGCAAUUGACAACGUCCACAAAGCUGCGGAAGCCACAGGUCUGUUCACUCGCAAACUCAAGGUUCAAAUGGCCUACCAUUCUCGGCACAUGGAAGCGGUUGCCAAAUCUUACCUCGAGGAUAUUGAACCCUAUUUCAGUGAAGAUGCCCCCUUUUCCGGAAAGAAAUCCACGGCUCAUCCAAUGUUCGUGUCAUCCGUCACUGGGCGAGUGGUGGACAAGAUCGAUCCUUCCUAUUGGGUAAAGAAUCUUGUCCAACCAGUCAUGUUCAUGGAUGCAGUCCAAGGUCUUCUGGCACCUGAACAUCUUGGCAAAAGUAAGGCUGCACAGGCAUUGCCCAGAGUGGUCAUAGAGAUUGGUCCACAUGCGGCUCUGAGAAACCCGAUCAAACAGACAGCAGAACUUGUACAGGUCCAACAGAACUGGAGUCCCGCCUCUUUCACAUACCUGCCAACUUUACUGCGUGGUAUUGACGCCACUCAAUCUAUGCUGGAGCUAGCCGGCACCCUGUUCACUCUGGGAACACGUGUUGAACUAAAAGCAAUCAACCAGACCGACAAACAUAAUGCUGAAGUCAUCACCGAGCUUCCGGCUUAUGCCUGGGACAAAACCGAUUACGAGCUAAGGCCAAGAUCUACAAAUGACAAGUACUUUCCGGGUGAGAAUUUCCAUCCUCUCCUGGGACGCAAGAUCAGCCCCAACGCUAGCCAAGAGCGGACAUACAGGCAGGUGUUCACUCUGGACGAAAUGCCAUGGAUUCGCGACCAUGUCGUUGGUGGAGCCACCAUCUUCCCUAUGACAGGUUAUAUGUCUUGCGCUAUCGAGGCUGCCCGAAGAACACUGUCCACCACUGCCGCUGCUUUUCUCGUAACUGACUUCCACGUCGUCCGAAGUCUGGAGAUACACGAGGAGACGACUGUCGAUAUGACGACGAAGCUCAAGCCAGCAGUGAUUGGUGAGGGAUCCUUUUCUACCAAAGCUUGGUCGUUCGAGAUUAUGACAUGGGCAGAGGAAAGCGGGUGGACAAAGCACAGUUGGGGCCAAAUUGAGCCCGAAAUGAACGAAAUGUCCAUGGACACACCCACAUUCCGUGCUUCUCUUCCCCUGGUCAACACGACGACCGGCUUGAAGGAGCAUGAUAUCAAUGCUGAGUACGAGACCGCAGGCCUUCGUGCUACAUUGUACGGGCCUUCAUUUCGAAACAACGUGAAAUUCUACGAAGAGAAAGAGUUACACGAUCCUCGAACACCGAUUGAGGGACCUUGUAUUGAUCCUCCAACACUAGAUGGUUUUCUCCAAGGCGGUGGACCUCUCCAAUAUGAUGAGCACGGGAGGCGACCCGCCCAGAUGCCCAACUACAUCAGCCGUUUCAGGGUCUCCAACAAAAUUCCGUCAGAUCAUUUGCAUCGCUUCGACAUAGUUAUGCGUCGACUUGACUACGAUGUAAGAGGUGGUCGCAUGCACGUUGGAGUUGCCGCCUUCGCAAGAGAUUCCGAUGAUAAAUUGACGCCCAUCGCUGAAUGGGAAUCCUGCGCAUUCCGCAACAUUGGUUCAGCUGAAGAGGUUAUUGAUCCCUCCGCGACUGUGCCAGACAACUGGUCCUGGGAAGUCCUACCACGCUAUGACUUUGUCCCACAGAAGCAGCUAAGAGAGAAGCUUUGCGAUGCGGCUGGAGAGUUGGGGGUGGAAGAAGAUAUUCGCAUUCGCAAAGGUGAAGAGGCUGCGUGUUACUACAUUGAGAAAGCGUUGAGAGAAACGGCCGACCUUGACUACUCCAAGCUACCACAUCACCUGGCCCGAUUCGUUCAUUGGGGCUUCAAGACUGUUGCUGAGUACGACUUGGACUAUACCAGUGAGCCCACAGCUCUGCUAAAUGAGGUGCGGACCAGCGAUGCCCAGGGCGAACUCAUCUGCAUUAUGGGUGAACACAUCGUGGAUAUACUGCGCGGCAACAUAGAACCACUGGAAAUCAUGCUUACUGAUGGUCGUCUUACACGCCACUAUGAGGCCGAUGUAACGAAUGCCCACCUCAGCAAGGUACUUGGUCACUUGACCGAAUACUUGGCCGACCUUGAGCCCAACCAACGCAUUCUGGAGAUCGGAGGCGGAACAGCUGGCACAACCCUACCUGUAAUCGAGGGUCUAUCGCGUGGUAGGGAUGAGUUGGCAGUGCUCGACUACACUUUCACGGACAUUUCGUCUGGCUUCUUUGAGAUGGCCCGCAAGAAGCUGAGUGAUUGGUCGCAGCGCAUCACUUAUAAGAAGCUUGAUAUCACUCAGGACCCCAACAGCCAAGGCUUCGAACAGCAAGACUAUGACGUAGUCAUUGCAGCAAACGUCCUGCAUGCGACCGCAGAUAUGGUAAAGACCAUGACCCACGUACGGAGCUUGUUGAAACCAGGGGGCAAGCUCAUCUUGCUAGAGGCCAUGCGUCACCCAGCCUCUGUUCUUCCAUUUUCGCUACUUCCUGGAUGGUGGGAAGCCGAAGAUAAAUACCGUGACCACGAAGUGGGUCCGAUGAUGCCAGCGAAUGUGUGGAAUCAACUGCUCCUUGACAGUGGGUUUUCUGGCGUUGACGUGGUUCUUCCUAGUAGGUACGGAACUGACAAGCCCUUUGUGAGCAUCAUGUGCUCUGCCAGAAUCGGAAUACAGGACGAUAGCAGGCCGGUCACUAUCUGCGGGCCUUUCCUGGAUGAAAACGAGGUGGAGUUUGCCCAGUCAGUGGCGGACCUGAUCUCGAAGGAACUCGGCUAUCCCACUGAGAUGAAACCCUAUGCUGAAAUCGAUCCUGAAGAUAACCCAUACUAUGUAUUCAUCGACUCUCCGCGUAGAAGCGCUCUGCAGGACAUGGACCAAGACAGGUUCAAGAGCCUACAGAACCUGCUUCUACAGAACACAGGAUUACUGUGGGUUACACCCGAGGGAACUUCACCCGAUGCCAAGAUCAUACAAGGCAUGGUGCGCACCUUACGUAUGGAGGUUGACUUGAAGAACUUGAUCUUGUUCGAAGAUGUGCCAUGCACGUCUCAGGGUGCCAUGGGGAUCUUGAAACUUGCCACGAAACUACGCGACCCCGAGCUGUCGCGCGACCAAGACUUUGACUUCGUCUGGCAUGACGGCGCGAUCCAACUUCCACGAAUGCGGCAACUGAAAGAGGUUAAGGAGCAAUUCGCCGUUGAGGAAGGGGUAGCUUUCCGCAAAAUGCAGAACUUAUGGGACAACAGUGACCGCGGUUUGGAAAUGACUAUAGAUGCCGCAGGAAGUCCUGAUACCAUAUAUUUCCAGAGGACUGAUAUCUCCCGACUUGGCGAAGACGAUGUUGUGGUAAGGGUUGAGGCAGCAGGUGUAGGCCAUCGCGAUCUCGAAGUGGUACUUGGAUCGAUCCCUUGGGCUCCACCUAGCUACGAAGGAGCCGGCAAGAUCAUCAAGACUGGCUCUCGGGUCUCACAUCUGCGAGAAGGAGAUGAUGUCUUCUUCCUUACGCCUGAUUCCAGCGCUCUGGCCACGGAAAUAAAGCUGCCAUCAUGGCUAGUCGGCAAGAUCCCACAGGGCGUCAGUGUCACCGAUGCUGCUACCCUACCACUCGCAUAUUGCCUAGCGGUACUGGCUCUUACCCAGAAAGCGCGACUUAGGAAGAAUGAGACGGUCCUCAUUCAUGCGGCCACUGGCUCUGUAGGUCAGGCAUGCGUGAUGCUUGCGCAGAACGUGGGCGCUCACAUCUAUGUUACUGCUGGGAAUGAAGCGAAGAGAGAUUUCUUACACCAAAAGUUCGGCAUCCCCAAGGAUCAAAUUUUCUCAAGCCGCACCCCAGAGUUCAGGGACCAGAUCUUGAGUGCGACGGCCAACAAGGGUAUAGAUGUCAUCGUGAAUUCUCUGGGCGGGGAGCUGAUGACAGAGACUUGGGCUUUGACCGCACCCUUUGGUCGAUUCAUCGAGAUAAGCAAAAAGGACGCCUUCCAGAACAACAAUCUACCUAUGAAACCUUUCAACAGAAACGUCAUGUAUACUGGCAUUGAUCUCCGCGACCUCUACCAGUACCGACAAGACGACGUCAAGGACGUUUUCACCGAGGUGGUCACUUUGCUCGAGCGCGGCAACAUUGAACCCAUUCAGCCGGUGACUACAACUCCCAUCUCCCAAUUUGCGACUGCUCUUCGAAAGCUGAAGUCUGGUGAGCAUAUGGGCAAGAUGGUUAUCACGUUAGGCAAGGACGACAGUGUCAUCGCGGAGACAGCCUUGCGGCCCUUGGAUGUGGCCUUGAAGUCAGAUGCGACAUAUCUUGUUGCUGGUGGGACGCGCGGUAUUGGUCUUGAUCUCGCCUAUUGGAUGAUUGAUCACGGAGCGCGAUACAUCGUCCUUCUCAGCCGUAGUGGAGCAACCGGGCCUGAGGCUCAAAAGAUACUGAACAAGUACAGAGACACUGAUAUUUGUGUGAAGAUUUUCUCCUGUAACGUUGGUCACCGGAAUGAGCUUGCCGGAGUUGUGGACGCCAUAAGAGACCUCCCUCCGGUUCGUGGUGUCAUACAUAGCGCUCUCCUUUUGAGUGACAAACUAUUUGUCAACUCCACUCUCGAAGAUUGGAAUAUUAUAACCACGCCCAGGGUGAAGGGCGCGUGGAAUCUUCAUGAGCUUAUGCCAAACGACCUUGAUUUUUUCGUUGCUCUUUCUUCUUUCAACGGAGACACCGGAAAUCUUGGCCAGGCCAUCUACGCCGGCACUGCCGGAUUCUACAACGCAUUCUCCCAAUAUCGUAAUGCCCGCGGCCAAUACACUGUUUCGGUCGCUUUGCCUGUCGUGCUGGACGUAGGCUACGUGGCGGACAACAAUUUGAGCGAGAUCCUCAAGGAAUCGCUUGGUGUGGCCAUCACAAUGGCGGACAUUCGAGCGAUCUUUGGUGGCAUUCUGCUCGGGCCGUCUUCCCCAUUCGUCUACAACGGCAGAGCACAGACUUUCAUGGUCUACAUUGACGGUCAGCCGGUCCAAAAUGGUGGUUGGAAAUAUUUCCACCCGGUUCAUACCAAGGUCCGUCUCAUGAGCGACAAGAGAAAUCGAGUCAAGGCUGUGGGUGGAGGAGCCGACCUUCACUCCACAUCCUGGACCACUGCCGAAGACCCCUUGGUUGGUCUGACUGAGGCGAUGAUCACAAAAGUCUCUGCAAUGACCAUGAUUGAGCGGGAAGAAGUGCUGCCAGAUGCGCCUCUUACAUCGUACAAUCUCGAUUCUCUGGUUUCUGUCGAGCUGCGCAAUUGGAUCCGCAGAGAAACUGCUGUUGAGCUAACCUUGAGUGCGAUCAUGCAGGCUGAUAGUCUGCGUGCCCUCGCAGGCGAAAUUUUGUCACAAAGGAAGGCAGAUUAA